AUGGCAAAACGACGUGCAAUUUACAUCCUCCUCGUUCUCCUCGCUCUUGUCCUACUCGGCACCGUCGUCGUCUUGUCUUCCAUCUCCUACUACCUUUAUAUCAAUGCUGCAGCAUAUCUUUCUGACAGGGAGGUCCCAGUGUUAAGCAAUACAACACGCUGGAAUGCAACGGAACAUGGAAAGCUUGAAAAGAUACCUCGUAUCAUUCACCAGACUUGGAAGUCGGAGACACUUCCAGCUGACUGGAAACACCUCUCUGAGGCAUGUCGAAACAUGAUGCCUGACUAUGACUACAUGCUCUGGACUGACGCCAGCUCCCGCGAGUUCAUUGCAGAGCACUACUCCUGGUUUCUUGACACGUUCGACGACUACGAGUUCCCGAUUCAACGAGCUGAUGCUAUUCGUUAUUUUGUCCUUUACCACUACGGGGGAAUAUACCUCGACCUUGACGUCGGAUGCCUGCGACCUCUGGAUCCGUUAUUGGUAUUUCCCGUCAUUUUACCAAAGACCAUACCCGUCGGCGUUUCCAAUGACCUCAUGUUUGCGGAAAAGCAUCAUCCUUUCCUCUCCCAAACUAUCCACAACCUUGUCACAUUUGACCAUUCCUGGAUAUUAAACUAUCCCACCGUCAUGUUCUCCACAGGACCCAUGUUCCUUUCAAUUCAGUACAGCCUUUACACUGCGUCACAUCCUAUCAUGCCCUACGCACCAGGAGAUGUUCGAAUCCUCCCCAAAUCUCUUUACGGCAAGAACGCCAAGCCAGAAGAAGCUCCCCAUUCUUUCUUCGCCCAUUAUUACGGCAGCAGCUGGCAUGCCGACGAUGCUGCAUUAAUUGGCUUCUUGAAUACGUGGGGCAAAGGAUUGAUGUGGUUGGGUUUGGUCAUACUAGUCUAUGGCAUCUACAAGCUCGCGGUCCCUAGCAAGCAACGCAAGUAUAGUCUCAGGAGAAUUGGAGGAUAUGAUGUCCUUUUGCCUAGAUGGACUCAGCGUAAUGGGCGCUGGCACAUCGACAUGCGGUGGUCCUUCCUUCCAGCGUCUGGUGCUUCUACGCAACCAUCAUCCCCCGUCAACUCCGCUCUCCAGUCGCCGUUGGAGGAACAUGUUUCAUUACUGCCCCUUCCCUUCGAGUUGAGAGCAGACUCACCCGCACCCUCUGACAUUUCAUCUUCUGUGGACAUAUUUUCGACUCCGAGUUAUCGCGCGCCGUCAUCCAUUCUUGAUGCUGUGCGUCGCGUGCGAGACCGUGCCACGGGUUAUUUGAAUCUGUCUCGAGAGCCACCCGCGUUACCACGCGCCCCGUCUCGUAGCCGGCGCCAGCGGUCCAGGGGAGUCAUGUUCUUCCUCCCGGCUAUCUUUGCUCAGUCUCAGAAUACGGACAUUCCCACGCGCAGCCCGCCCCCACAAUCAUCUUUCGGACGGAAUUUACCUCCUUUUUCCCAGUUACCCCCUGAGAAGCUUUGGCAUGGGACAGAGAGCAGAGUUGGAGAAGAAUCAGCCGAAUUUCAUCAGGGUUGCUCUCAAUCACCUCGGCCACCAUUGGAGAACCGCCUUCCGCAUUCGUCUUCGAGUCCGCUUAUUGAUCUCGAACAGCAAAACUCAUAG